UAAUCCUUAGUUUUAAUUUUUAAAUGUAGGAUUAUUUUUAUAUAAUUUUAUUUAUCUAUAUAUUUGUCUAUGUAAAAGCAACAUCCCUAUUUUUCCAGCAAUAUUUCUGUGAUUUGUCCAGACCAACAAACAGUUCUCGCCUCACCUGUUUAACUCCCAGUCAGGGGCCACAAAAGACACACAGGAUCUAAGGCUUGAAUUAUUGAUCACUGGCUGAGGGGGGAAUGAAACCUGGGGCUGCUCAAUCCUGGUGACAGACAAUAAAUCCGAAUACCCCAUGGAAAGAUGAAAGGACUGAGGGAUUAAGUUAGAGAAGAGGGGAAGAGGAGCAUGACAGCACUAGAACACAGGCGCUGAUGAGAGGGAGGGAGUGAGGUAGGGUUAAUCAGUCUGUGAGCUGCAGACACACUCUUACAGUACACAGGGGAAAUGGGUCCUCAGCUACACUUCAGCAGCACCUACUCAGAGGAGUUUAGUUACCCGGCUCGGGUCAAACCCACCCGGCCCAGACCGUCCUCUGCGUAUCGCAAGAACAAUCCUCAUCCACGGCCGGACUUCCUGAUGCCAAGAAUGCUGCAGACAGGAUAUGGCUCACGGAAAUACUUUCAGACAUCUACUCCUUCUACCUCUUUUCUACCUCCAGUCAGACACAUAUCAGUCCAGUAUCCAGACGUACAAACAGCACAUGGACAGUCAAUGCAGAGCUCAUCACAAAGAGACUCCAAACCACCUGUGAUCUCGACUGCAGUUUGUACACUGCCACCUGCUGCCUGGCUUCUCAAACCACAGACAAACAACUUUGCUCAUCCAACAAUCUCAAACACUCAAGGGAAAUAUUCAGAGACAGAUCGUAUCAGAUCAGCUUGGAACCAGCAGACGGACAUCAUGCCAUCUUUAAAAACCUUCAAACACCAGGUUACCCAUCCUCACAGAUCACGCUCAAAAUCCACUACUGAUUGCAGUGAAGGACACAGCUGUUUCCAUGUGGUGAAGCCAUAUAAAGUUGGACACUACAUCAUCCACCCAGAGUUUGUGUCUGAAGCAAAGCACUACUAAAAACCACAUUGUUUGGGCAUUUUAUAUUUAUUUAUUUUCAUUUAUUGUCAUUUUAAUAAUGUCAUUUUACAGUGUAUUAUUGAGGUACAUUAUGUGUUUGGAGAUCCUGCCUUGUAAAAUAUGCUUGGGUGCAGCUUCAAUUUAUUGACUGUAGAAUGUAUUUUUGGAUCUUACAUGAAAAUAAACAACG